CUUUCUCCCCAAGAAUAUAACCCUAACGAGUAACGACCCCCUACUAUCAAUAUUUUAAUAUUUAUUAUAAAUAUUAUUUAUAUAUAAUAACUUCGUGUUUCUAUAUAUAUAUAUAUAUAUAACGCUACUUACCGUAAUACAGUCCAAACGAAAAUUAGAAAAUUGAAACAGAACAGAGCAUCGUAACGAGUGUUACAAAUGCAGGACCAGAGCUCAGAACUACCCGUUUGUCCCAGCUUUAACAGCUACUCCUCUGAUGGAUUCGUUGAUAUCGCCGCCAAGGUCUCACGUGAAUUCGCCGAUUUAGGCCUCGGAAGCUCCGACGGCGGGAGCGGACACGAGCACCACAACGAAGAUGAAGAUUUCGAGUUCGUCUCCCUCAGUACGGCCGGAGACGAGGUAUUUAUCAACGGUCCGAUCGGUCCUGUUUUUCCGGUUUUCAAUCGCGAUCUUCUAUCCGGCGGUUAUGACGAUCGACGGCGGGAUCGAUUAGGCGGCGACGAUGAAAUUCCAGGUCCUCCGUCGUCUUCGUCGUCUGAGGCUGACGAAUUGGACGGAAUUCCUUCGGGAACGUACUGCGUCUGGACUCCCAAGGGAGUUCCACCGACUCCAGGGAGAUGCAGGAAGAGCAAAUCUACAGGAUCGUCAUCGAAGCGGUGGAGUUUCAGAGAAUUGCUUCGUCGAUGUAAUAGCGACGGCAAGGAAUCCUCGUUUGUGUUCUUAACUCCGUCAUCGAGCUCGAAGAAGGUUGAAGAGAAGGUCAGUCAUGAGAAGAUAACGUCCGUUGCCGUUAACAGAGGCGGAAGCUCCGGUAGCGCCAGUAACAAUGGAAGGGCUAAGAUGAGCAACGCCGUGAAGUCGAAGCCUGCGGUGGCGGUGGGGAAGGCCGUCGGGAAUAAUAAGAUGAUAGCGGCUCAUGAGGUGUUUUAUGUGAGAAACAGAGAGUUGAAUCGAAACGCACAAAAAAGACGGUCGUUUCUUCCUUACAGGCAAGAUUUGGUUGGGUUCUUUGCUAAUGUGAACACAAUGGGAAGAAGUUUCCCUCCUUUCUGAUCAUCUUCAUAAUUUACUCAAUUAAAGUCUUUUCUUUUUUGCUUGAGAGAAAAAAAAAAUCUAAAUUAUUAUAGUUUUCUAUACAUAGUCGAAAAUUAAAAAAAAAAUGCUUUAUUUAUUAAAUUAAUAAUCGAGACACUGUCGAUUCUUACUCUCAUUUGCUGAGGUAAUUUGGUCCAAUUUUGUAUCCUAAUUAAGUUAUGCAUGAGCUACUUAAUUUGUAAUAUAAUUAAUUAUUAUUUAUGUAUUUAGUAAGAUAAUAUAAUAUUACACUUUCUUUAGGCAUUAA